CAAUUGGCACUAACAAUCCCAGUUUCCGCGGCGCUGCAAGAUGCCUUCACCCGCUUCAACUCCGACACCUCAACCUUCUGUCUGCCUGUGACCAUUACAGCAGAGACCCUAACACCGCUGGCCCCGAUCUCAUUCCAAGGCACACCGACCGCAGACUCCUUCAUCUCAGCCCUCCCCCAGUUGUCUUCCGUCCUGCAGCCUAAAACUCCAAUCUACCUCCUCCUCCGGCGCCCCACGUCAUCCUCCACGACCCUCAUUGCUCUGACCUAUAUUCCGUCCAAUGCGCCCGUGCGAGCAAAGACACUCUUUGCCUCGACUCGCUCGACGUUGACUCGAGAGCUCGGCACUGAAAAGUUCGGUUCGACGGUCUUUGCUACCGAGGAGGAAGAAAUUCUGGGCCAGGAGGCAUGGCGCGAGCGUGAUGGUGAGGGGCCCAAUGCCGUUAGUCGAGAGGACAUGAUGGGUGAGAAAGAGCGGGAGCUUGAGGCUGUGAGGCGGGCUGAGGCUGAGGCGCGGAGUGGUACCCCUGGUAGAGACAUUGGGAUCGGAGGCACUUUUGGGCCCGGUUCCGGCUCUGGAAUGAGGGUUUCUAUGCCUGUUGAUGAGGAUGCUAAGACCGCUCUCAGGGAUCUACAGGAUGGUGGGCUGGUCCAGCUGACAAUUGACAUCCCCACGGAGAAGAUUAUUCUGGCCGACUCCAAGUCUGGGGUUGAAGCGAGCGCCGUCGCCUCACACAUUUCCUCCUCUUCCCCGCGUUACUCUUUCUACCACUAUCCCGGAUCUGAUGUCGUUAUUUUCGUGUAUACCUGUCCCACUGGGUCGUCGAUCAGAGAGCGCAUGCUGCACGCCAGCUCGCGGAGGAACGCGAUCACGAUUGCUGAACAGGAAGGACACAAGAUCUUGAAGAAGAUCGAGGCCUCAGGUCCUGACGAGAUCACCGACGAGCGUUUGCAAGAGGAAGUCAGCCCACCACGAGACCAGGGACCUGCGCGUGGAUUCGCCAGACCUCGCCGCCCCGGCCGGUAA